AGAUGUAUUCAACUAGGUACUCAAACCAGAAGGACAACAAAGAUAUGAUAAAUCAAUACGAAUUUGAAUAUCUCAAAUGAAGCGAGUGAGUUCACCACCAAAUCCUGGCCAAGUGUCAAAGCUAGCACCGAGCAACUUCUUUACAUCAAUGGAAAGCUCAAGGGCCGCGAUCAAAGCCCUUUUCAAGCUAGCCAACUUGAAUCUUAACAUCCUGCAGAACUUGUAUCAAACUAAGCUAUCACUCCUCAAGUUAGCCAACUUGAAUCUUAACAUUCAUUCAAGUUGGUGCUACAGAGAGGUUCAUGUUCCACGAGCGGUG